AUGUUUGAGUGCGUGCACUCUGCACUUUUCACUUUCAGUGCACGAGGACGAAAGUUAUUUAGGUUAUUUAUAGGGUACACACCGUACACACGAUGCCUUCUUGUUGCAUUUCAAAGUGCAAUAAUUCGUCAAAAAAACAUUAUUAUAUGUCUCGCAUUCCAACGGACGUUAAAAGAAGAAACGAAUGGGCGAAUAAUAUUGGUAGGUCCGAUUUGGACCCUUCAAAACUUUAUUUUGUAUGCCAGGUACACUUUGCACCCGAAAUGUGGGAACGCCCACGGGUUGACGGGAAAAAGAAAUUAAAAUAUAACGCAAUUCCAACGAUGUGUUUGCCGGGUAAAAGUACAAACGUUGCUGAAACAUGUUUAAAUAUGGAUAUCAACACUGAAACAGUAAACAACUUAGAAGACAAAACAAAUUAUGAAGAUAUGUCAGACAAUGUGUUAGCAAAGGAUAUAGAAGAAAUAGAAUCAACUAUUAAUAUUGCCGAAUCAUUUACCGAAUUGACAAGAAACAUCCAUAAUGAAGAAACAGAAAAUUCAGUCUCGAUAAUGUCAACACCCAUUUCACAAGCAGUUAUACCCGUGCCAUUGAACACAGUUGACGUUGAAAAAGUUGACGUGGAAGAAGCUGAUAGAAAAAUUCAGAAAGCUAUGUCAGAAUCAAGAACAGCAAAAUUGAAGCUUCUUCGAGCGAACAAGAUAAUUAAUAAACUUAUGAAAUCAAAGGGAAUGUUGUUAAAACGUGUUAGACGGCUGACAUGUGAAAAAGAGAAAUUAAUAAAAGAAAUGUGUCAUUUGAAACAAAGCAAGAACUUGGAACAAGUGUUUAAUGACGAUCAAAUUGAGACUCUCUGUAGGCCACGUGGACGAGUUGACAGAUGGUCUAAUGAUACUAUCCGAAAAGCCCUUACAUUGAAAUUAUCUUGUGGCAGUAGCGGCUACAACGAGAUAUUGAAACAGAAUAUUCCUUUACCUUCAGAACGAACCCUCAGAAGAAGACUAGAAGGAAUUGAUUUUGAACCUGGCGUUGGUGACGAAAUGUUUGACAUUUUAAGAGAACGAGUAUCACACUUCACCGAAGAUCAAGAAAGAGAUUGCAUGCUUACUCUCGAUGAGAUGAGUAUUACCGCAGGAGAACAAUGCGAUCAAAGCACAAUGACACGUAUCGGUCUCUCAACUCUUCCCGAUAGAAGUGGUAAAAUUACAAACGCUACUCAUGCGUUAGUUUUCAUGCUUGGAGGCAUUUACAGACGAUGGAAACUACCUGUUGCUUAUCACUUUACUCCUGAUAGUGUAGAUGGUGCUAUUUUGAAACCCAUCAUAGAAAUAAUAAUUGAAAAAGCAGAAGCCGUUGGUUUGUACGUUCAUAGUAUAACCUGUGAUAUGGGUCCGGUAAAUUUAGGAAUGUGGAGAGCAUUUGGAGGUAUUAUGAGUAACAGACAUUCAAUAAGAAAUUCUACUGUUCAUCCUAUAGAUAGUAAUCGACGAUUAUUUUUUAUGGCCGAUGCCCCACAUUUACUAAAAAAUUUAAAAGCUUGUUUAUUAAAUAACAAGGUCAUAGAGUUGCCUACAGAAUUCAUCACAAAACACAAUUUAUCGCAGCCAAUUGUUAAGGUCCAACAUUUACAUGAAUUAGUUGACAUACAAGAAAACUUACAUUUUAAAUUAAUACCCAAGAUUAAUAAAAGGGACCUGAUGUGUAGUACUUUUAACAAAAUGAAAGUUAGUAAAGCGGUAAAUGUGUGGAAUCGGGAUGUCAGUAGCGCAAUGUAUUUCUAUGCGGAUGAGAACAAGAAAAAAGAAUUUAAUACAACAGCGGCAUUUAUUGAAGUUGUGUCCAAGUGGUUUACCUUAGUAACAUCACGAAGAGUAUCAGUUGCACUAGGAAAACACGCAAGAGGUGAAGACAAAGAAACAAAAUUUUAUGAGAGUAUUGCUUUUCUUAUAUCUGUUGUGGAACUCUUCAGAGACAUUAAAAUUGGUGAUCAGUCUAAAUUUAAACCUGUCCAAAGUGGUGUAAUGAUAACAACUUCUAUUAUUGAAUUGACACAAUAUUUAAUUGACAAUAGAAAAUAUAGUUUUGUUUUAACUGGUCGUUUUACGCAAGAUUGCCUCGAGAAUUUGUUUUCUUGUAUAAGAACAAAGAACCCUAUUCCUAAUUCCUUGCAAUUUAAACAGAACUUAAAACUUAUUGCAAUAUCGCAGUACUUAAAAUCAACUCGUACAUCUAAUUAUGAGACAGAUGAUGGGCAAUUAAUUGGUGAUAUUUUAAAUCAACCUAAAAAAGCAAAAGAGUUAAAAAAAUGUGCACAAACUUCAUUGAAUACAUCACAUUUUGUGAAUGCAAACGCUAAUAUUACUUUAAAUAAUAUAGAAUUAAAUAUUUUAUUUAACAUAGCUGAUAUAGUUGUUAGUUUUAAAGAAAUUUGUUUGGACAUUGAAUCUACCGUUAAAGAGUGGAAUGCUCUGCAUCGUUUCGAAGUAAACACAAAUAAUUCAGAAGAUUAUUGUGCUAAAGUAAAUAAUGAAACAGAUGCUGCCGGUGAAAAGCGUUUUGGACACGUCUCAAAAUUAGUUCUUGCGCUUCUCUAUCUGUCAUUUUCUAACGCUGAAGUCGAGAGAGCAUUUUCAAUAAUGAAUAUUAUCAAAGAUAAGCUGCGAAAUAGACUAAUCAUUAGAACAUUAGAUGCAAUCCUCAGAGUGCGAUUUUUAUUGCCGAAUACAUGCAGAGACUUUCAACCAUCAAGACAAAUGUUACAAAAAUUUCCUUUUGUCCCUGCUAUGCAAGAAGGUGUCUCUGCCCCGCCGGAUUCUGGCGGUGGCUCGGCACCCGUUGGUACACGAGUUUCUGCGUCCCUUGAGGACUUUAAUGUUUUUUUCGGGCGCGCGAGCGGUGGUCAUGAUGCUGAUGGAAAUAAACAGCCUGAGACAGCACAUUUAAUGCUCCCACCUUCGGCUAAUUACCUAAAAUCAUCAUCGCCGGUUGCAUCAUCCUCUUGCAAAAAGGCGGACAUUAAACAAAAAAAGAAGGGCAAGAGGGGAAGGGACACACGAAUCUCGACUUCGCGUGAUCCAUGGUGUAAGAAACAAGCGUACUGGAAUUGUCGCGGUGCUCUCGGUAAAAUGGGUGACAUAGAAAAGCUGGCUGAAUCUUUUGACAUCUUGUUCCUGGCCGAAACUUGUAUAGAUCCCUCGCAUGAUUUUCGCGUGCGUGGUUUUGACUGUCUACGCAUCGACUCCAACUUGGCCAAUAUUAGGGCUUUGGCUGCCAGCAUUCACUCGGGCUUCCUAAAUAAGCAAGAUACGGUAGCGGUUUUCGUCGACAUUAAAUCGGCUUUCGACAACGUUCUACCUCAUAUCCUCUUACAAGAUCUUCGCGAUCUUGACUUCCCUCCUCUCUUACUAUCUUUUAUAUCCAACCUCAUUUCUCUUCGUACGGUUCAGUUUAUCAGUCAGGGCACUAUCUCUGAGCCUAGAACCUCAUUCAAAGGCACCCCACAAGGCUCUGUUCUUAGCCCUACGCUCUUCAACCUUUACUUAAGAGGCGUUAAUGACGCGCUUCACCCUGACACUGAACUCCUUCAAUUCGCGGAUGAUAUAGUUAUUUUCUCUUCACUGAAAGAUACCAGGUUGGCAAUACAAUCCGUUGAACUUUCCCUCCAGGAACUGGAAAAUCAGCGCAUUUUACCGUCUCCUACGGUUCGCUUUCUCGGCGUGUUGCUUGACCCUAAGCUGUCAGGCCAGGCUCACAUGUCAUUUAUCAUCGACAAAAGUAGACGCACACUCCAGAUUAUUCAGGCUCUAAGAGAUUCUAAAAGUGUCCUUGAGGCUGUUAAGAGUCACAAGAACCCUACUAACAACUACCUUAUCCCACUUAUUAAAUCUGCGUUGGAGGAGGCCGAGUCCAAGGGUAAUGAAAUUCAUUUCAUUUGGACCCCUUCACACAGAGGUGUCGAGGGCAAUGAAAAGGCAGACCAACUCGCUAAGCGCGCUAUUCGUCAAGGCAUUGAACCUAAUUUUAAAGUACCUUAUUCAGAUCUGUGUGCGGUCAUUAAACAAAAUAUUACUGAUAGUUUUUACCAUUAUUUAGAAUCACAGGCGGAUGUCAAAGGCUUCUACUUUUUUUCUAAUAUUUUUGCGAGGUCCGCUAAACCCUGGUAUUACCGUACGAAAAUUUCUAGAGAAAUCAUCGUCAUGAUCAAUCGCUUGCGCUCCGAUCACUACAACUUAAAUUCUAGCUUACAUCGUAAGAAUCUUAUUGAAGAUCCCUCUUGUCCUUGUGGCUAUCCACAACAGGACAUUUUGCAUAUGAUUUUCGGUUGCUCCGUCUUUUCGGAUGGCGCACGUUUAUUACGUUGCGUCGUCGACUGA